AUGACGUCGAAGGUCACGCUGUUCAUCAACCAGCUGCCGUACUCUGCCACUCGAGAGGACGUGGCCGCUCACUUCGCACAGGCCGCCGGCACAACCGCAGCUGCGUUGCUGCCGUCGUGCCGGCUCGUGCUCAAGGACGGCGCCUUCAAAGGCACUGCAUUCGUCGACGUCACGGACUUUGAGAGCUGCGACCGCGGCCUCGCCCUGCACCAGAGCCAGUUCAAGGCGUCUUCGGACGGGAGCAGUCGCCGCAUCAACGUGCGCGAGGCGGUCUCCAAGACGCGGCUCGAGCAGAUCGCGGAGCGCUCUAAGUUUUCCCGCAAUCAGGGCCCGCUGGGCAAGGACCGCAAGGGAAAGGAGGUCGUGGGCGAGGUGGAUCCUCAGCGCAAGCGAAAGGGUGAGGCGCUAGAGGGUGAAGGGUGCAUAGAGGCGAGGUGA